UACAAUCCAAGGUCGCAGUUGCAGUAAGCCUACGCAUCCAGGCAUUUGACGACAACUACCGGUGUUUCAAUACCACAAAACUACAAUUAUACAUAUUGGCUGUGUCACCGUGUCUCUGAAUCACACUGAGGUUUCGUAGGAAAAUCACUGCGUUCUUGCACAUUUUGUCGCAAAUAUGGCUAAGGUUCAGUUUUAUUAUUCCAGUGUAUCAAGUAAUCUUGAAAUGAAGAAAAAGCAACAAAAGAUAGAGAUGAUAUUAGAUGGCAAAAAAAUUGCCUACGAAAAGGUUGAUAUAGCCGCUGAUGAAGAAAGUAAGAAGCGUAUGAGAGAAUUAUGUGGUGACCCAAAAGCCCUCCCUCCUCAGUUAUGUAAUGGAGAUGAAUAUUGUGGGGGUUAUGAUGCUUUUGAAGUUGCCGUUGAGGAUGAAGAACUGGAAAAAUUUCUGAAACUGGCUUAGAUUAUAGACAAAAAAUAAAGACUGGGUGGGGCUUAACUAAACAGUAAAUGUGAGGUCUUGCCACAAAAUGAGUCACAUGGUUGGAAAAUAAGUUUAUAUCAUAUUUGGUAAGAUUAAAAACCGAAAGGUCCACUGAUUAAUCUCAGAUAAGAUAGUAUAAUACAUACUUAAUAUUGAAUCCUGACUCGAUGGUGUGCAUUUCGAUACUAGGAGUAUGUAUUAUACUAUUUUGGUAAGAUUAAAUAAGCAGCUUCAAUUUAUAGGGCUUUCCCAGGAGGAAUAUAUCUAGAGUUUGAGCAUUUGAAGUUUAUAUGGGAACCUAGUUUUGAGAAAUUUGGUUUCAAAGUUAAAUUCAACUUUACAAAUAGUGCCACCAACAGUAAAGAAUAUACAUAAAAUACACUUUGCUUCGACCUAGUUUGAGAUGCUUACCAUCUCAAAACUAGCAUCAGUGACUGAAAAAUUACUUUUUAAUAUAUUCUUAUUCUCCACUUUGUAAGCUUUAAAAUGAUCGAUUAUUUACUAGAAUUGACUUAUUAUUAAGUUCUUAAGCAUUAUGCCUCCUCUGUUUAACAUAUAGCGUUGAAUUACUAUUAAGUUCUUAAGUAUUAGGCCAAAUAAAAAAAAUUAUUGUGUUGGCCAUGCCUGACCGACCAAAAUUUUACGAAAUUCAUUUUUUGACUACAAGGAACAAUAUUUUUUUUAUGAGCCAAUAAGGCUGAAAUAGCCUUCAACUGGGCUAAGGGGCCAAGGUCCGGCCUAUUUUUGUGCAUGAUACGCGAUGCAAAUCCAAAAUUGUUGUAUUAUUUGUGUAUUUUCUACUUUUUAAGCGUAAACACAUUUUGGGUAAAAAAAAAAAAAGUUUUCCUACCGACCUACCAAUUUUUUUGGAUUUCCCAAAACAUGGCCAACACAAAAAUUUACUUUUUUUGGCCUUAUGCCUCCUCUGAACAAAAGUAUACAAUACUGCCAUAUACCUAUGAUAAUUACUCAGUUUAACAUAUAGCAUCAGUUUUUGCGAUGGCAUACCUCAUAUGACCUCACUAUGAUGCAGUCUCAUUUUGUGUUGAGACCUCACAAAUACGCAUCCACCAAUUAGUACAGCUGUUCCAUCUUUAUGUAGUUGGGGUUAUUGUAAGUUGAUAAAUAGAAAGGGUAUAACUCAACCUAUCAAAAUAGUGAAUCUUGAUUUUUAGUUGUUUCAGAAGUAAUAUCGUUAAUGAAUUAAUUAAUUACAUAAUUAAUUAAUUUAAUUAAUGAUGCUGAUGGUCAAACAGUAUCUGUUUAAUAUUUGCUAUCAAUUGACCAAUUCCAUGACUGAGCUUGUGAAAUUUAGUAUGAUUCAACGUAAACCUAAAUUCUAUAAAAUAUUUUUGUCAUUUUCAAUCAGAUUUAAUCAUUUAAACUGUUAAUUGGAAAAUCAUUAUUAUUACAAUCUUUGCCUGAAAAGGAAACAUCAAACCACUUUGGUUAAUCACUAAUUAGAACUAAAAUAGCAAUAGAUUUUAGCAUGGCACAUAUUCUUGGCCCCAAUCUAAUGAAUAGUAUGUUCCGAUUGGUUGGUCAGUUAAGUUUAAAUUCUAAUGUUUACAACCAAUAGCCACUAAUUAUCACAUGCCAUGGUUUGUGUCAAUUUAUUGAUGCUGAUGAUAAAAUGUUAUUCCAUUGUCUCUCAGGCUCAUACCUUGAUGCUCUUGGCUGCAAUUGGCAAUAUAUAUAGCAUAUUAGAAAAUUAAACACAUAAUGCGUCAGUCGCCUGUGUGAGUACUAGAUAAUGUGAUGUACGCCAACCUCCGGCAGUGACAGAUCCAAGGGUGGUAAGAACGGAGCACCACCUUCCCCUCACCAGCAGCAGCUAAAAAGUCUAACCAAGAAUGAAAUCAUUGAGAUAAGAGAAUAAAAUGACCAAAACUCCAGACCCCCAAUAAGUAAGAAACACUGCAAACCCCUUGGACCAUAUGUCAUGCCCGCUCAGAUCAUAAACAUCCUGGAUUCGCCACUGGUAGGUGGCAGUCUAAGCAGAUCAAAAACUAUCCAUCCCAUGCACCUCAGCGCAUUGUACUUUUCAUGGAAUCACGCCGAUGAUCAUCAGCCAAUGCAUUGUGUGCCCAGGCUAUAUAAAACAUCAUUAAAUAUUAUGUAUUCUUACUACCAAAUCUGUCAAUUUGUGUACAUCUGUUAAAGAAAAUGAUUAUAUAAUUGUAAUCCAAAUUUUGAUAACAUAAAUGAUAUGCAGUAAAAUCUAGUAGCUUUUUAUUUAUAUUUAUAAAAUAAUAUCCGUCGCCCACCUUCCUAGUCGCUUUUAUAAAUUAUCUAGGAAAUACUAUGGAAAGAAACGUAGAAGAGCUUUUGUUUUAAUGCUUAACACAAAAUUGAUUUUAUCUGUUUACUCAGAUUGAAUACAAUAUAUUAAUCAUUGAUGUUAUGCUGUAGUCUGCAGGUAAUUGAAAUUUAUUUUGAAUAGAGUUCUAAAUUGAAUAACAAAUUGCCUUAUUGUUUAUAUUUAUAGAUUCAUUUUUUUUCUUCAUAGUUUAAACAUUCAUGAACAUAAUUGUGAUGUUUAAAAGAGAACUAAAUCUCGAGCCUUUUUCCAAGGGUAAAGUAGCGUUUAGAUUGAAAUUUGUUUAUAUAAUAAAACCAAGUUUGAAAAUA